AUGUUGCUACCAUUUUACUUUGGCACUUUCUUCUUCAAAUUCCGACUUCGUAUCUGCAUUCACCACCGCCAUUUGACCGGUUGGAAGUGGAGAAACAAAAUGGACAUGUCUUGUGUUUAUGGGCAAUAUCCCAAUUCUACCUUUGGGAAGCCCACCGCCUCUACAAGUUCACUCUUCACAGCUCAGUUUCUAGCAGUGCCUCAAAAUAGCGGAAUCCGUAUUACUAAUAUCAAGUUCUCGCCUCGUAUAAUUGCGUCUAGAGCAGCAUUGGAUUCAAAGGACCUCAACGUGGAUGUUAAGCUAGGCAAUGAUACAUCUGCAAGUACAAGUAAUAGUAGUGGCGGUGGCAUUCUGAAUGGGAAGGCUGCCAAAGGGUCAGGGACCACAGCCAGAGGACGCCGGUUGUUGAGGGUUCGAGAGGAGAAGAGGAAGCGCGAAUAUGAUCAUCUCCGUAACUAUCCUGCUUGGGCAAAGGUGUUGGAAGAUGCUUGUAAAAAUGAUUCGGAGCUUCGAGCUGUUCUGGGUGAUAGCAUUGGUAACCCAGAACUUAUGAGAAAAAGAGUUGAAGAAAGAGUUCGACAGAAAGGGCGGAAUUUUGAGAAAUCCAAAACAGGAUCAGUCCUUGCCUUCAAAGUCAGCUUUAGAGAUUUUAAUCCUCUAGAUUCCUACAUAUGGUUUGAAUUAUAUGGAUCGCCGUCGGACCGAGAUGUAGAUCUUCUUGGUAGUGUUAUUCAGUCAUGGUACGUGAUGGGUCGCUUAGGUGCAUUCAAUUCAUCCAAUCUACAGAUGGCAAGUUCAUCUAUGGAAUACAAUCCUUUGUACGAUGCAGAUAAGGGUUUUAAGGUGAUGCCUUCAUCGUUCCAUGAUAUAAGUAACGUUGAAUUCCAGGACAACUGGGGCAGGAUUUGGGUAGACCUUGGAACGGCUGAUUUCUUUUCAAUCGACGUUCUCCUCAAUUGCUUGACUGUAUUAAGCUCAGAGUAUUUGGGCAUUCAACAGGUAGUUUUUGGCGGGCGCAGAAUGGGAGAUUGGGAAGAGGGGAUGACUAGUCCUGACUAUGGCUACAAAUACUUCAAAAUCUGA